UGACACUAGUGACAGAAUGUCAAUCAGUCAAUAAUGUGUUUCAAAAGUUUUAAAAAUGUUUUAAAAGUUGUUAGUUAAAAUAAAAAUGAAGUGUUUUGAUUAUUGUUAAGAUUAAACGACGUGAAACACAUCUAAAAUGGCUACAAUGACAGAAGAGCCGAAACCAGAGCAAACACCCAUAUUUAAAGCAUCAUCUUUUCACAUAAUAAAAGCUAACAAAAAGAAAUAUGUUUGGAAAGGCUUGAAGCAAAUAAUUUCAUCCGAGAAAGCUCUACCAUGGCCAGAUGAUUGCGUCCAUUACGGCUCGAUUAACGCUCCACCUUCGUUUAAGCCACCAGAGAAGUUUUCUGAUCUCUCUGGUUUGCCUGCCCCAUACACUGAUCCACAAACAAGGUUGAGGUUCGCGAAUAAGGAUGAAUAUGCUACAAUUAUAGACCUACCGAUGGAUAUUACGGCUGGGUAUUUGUCUCUAAGAGGUGCUACAAGUAUUGUAGGUUGAAGAACAAUGAUGAUAAAUAUGAGAUCAACUUUUGGCACAACAAAGAAUUAUUAAGUAUUUAAAAUGAUCUUUGCUUACUGUGUAAGAUUUGUAUGAAGGUAUUUAUAAAUAGAAAUGAUAAUAAAGAUAUAUUUUCUUAUAA